CAGCCAUGGAAUGGAUUAAUAUACUUUUUAUAUUUCCGAUUUUAUUAGAAAAAAUAGUGUUUGUCAAAGGAAAUGGUCCUGUGGUCAAGUUCAGUAAAUCAGACUUCAAAGGUUGUAUUGCAUCUGACAGUGUGUUGAACAAUGGGACCAAAGUCUCGCUUCCGCAAUGUGUGGACGAGUGUGCGUUUAGACCAGACUGUCUGGCAGUCAACUAUUUCAGAUAUUUUCAGCUAUGUGAACUUCUUCCGGUUGAUGCUGGGAAUCUUUACCAAAGUAGUGGAAACAAUCGCGCAUGUGUGUUGGUUAAAAAGGCUGAUAUGGAUCUCAGUGGGAUACAGACGAGGUGCUCCUGUGCCGCUGGGGAGUCAUGCGUUCUUGAGUCUCACCUGACAUGUACAAACAAAGAAUGCGAACCAAUUAACUUAGAUAAUGGUCAUGUAUUUGGGAACAUGCUGUCGAUAGGGUCUGUGGCAGCAUUUAAAUGUGACGAGAUGUACAUAGAGGUAAAUGGGAAGAGUGAAGCAACAUGUCUCGCUAAUGGAACAUGGUCAUACUACCCUACGUGCAAACGAGAUUGUAACGAUCCUAUACACAUUAGUAAUGCAACGCUUAGCAACGGCAAGACGUAUGAAGGUCAAAACAGAACAUUCGUAUGUAAUCCAGGAUUAAUAUUCCCCAGCGGAAACAUUGUCGUGGCAACAACGUGCCAGCCUGAUGGCCAAUGGUCAGCCAUGCUGUGUCCAACAGAAACAAAUGAAAACAACAUAUGCAGCGGAUGUGUACGCCCAAGGGAUUGUCAAGACAUACAAGUUUUAAACGAUUCUGCGCAAACAGGAUUGUAUGAGGUUUAUCCAGCAGGCAGUAUUGGCUUCGAGGCGCGUUGUGACAUGGACACGCCUCCUGGUGGGUGGACCGUAAUACAACGCAGAGUAUCUGAUAGCCAUUUCAAAAGAAACUGGGAAGAAUAUAAAGAAGGAUUUGGUAAUCUGAAUGAUAACUUUUGGUUAGGCAAUGACAAAAUAUGGAGAUUAACAAACGGUGGACAUUACAAACUACGAGUUGAUCUCACAGAUGAGAAUGGAAUUAAAGGAUUUGCACAAUAUAGUUCCUUCUCCAUUGGAGAUGAAACUUCUAAUUUUACCCUGCAUGUCUCAGGACACAGCGGAACAGCGAGUGAUGGUUUGCUUGCAAUUCACAACGGAAUGAUGUUUAGUACUUUCGAUCAAGAUAAUGACAUUCACCACAUCAAUUGUGCAGAUACAUUUGGAGGUGGUUGGUGGUACGCUGACUGUCACCAUACGAAUCUGAACGGAUUCUAUGGUGACCAAGCCCCAAACUAUGGAAUGACUUGGAGACACUGGAGGGACGGAUCCACGUUUAUGUCAUUCACAGAAAUGAAAAUACGACGCUAAAAAUAAAAUCUAAUAUGUCGCAAGAAAAUUGAAUUGACUUGCGUAAUUUAAAGCCACUGACCUCCUCCAGAUUCUGGCUAAAAAUGAUCUUUCUUUAAAAUUAAAGUUUGGUCCUCAUGAACAGAAGAACAUGCGUUUUCUUUGAAAACUCUCUUAAAUAGUCGGGAAUCCAACCCGGGCCGCCACGACAAUAAAACUUUUCUUGACCAGUACUCCAUGGAAUACGUACAUAUCGGUCGUUAAAUACAAAUCUUUAUAUUUAAGGUAGUUUACCUCCGGUACCCUGUUACAAACACCACUUUUCAGUUUUAAAUGGAAAACUUACUGAGAAAACAAUUAAUUCUUAUGUGUAUUAAUAACAUACUGUUCAAUCUGUCAGUAAAGUUUCAAAGCCUUCUAAAGAAAUAUAGCAAAACGUUUCUGAUACCGGAAAACUUUCUUUUCUUACUUUUUGGUGUUGUUUUUUAAUCUGGAGAUCAGUGUCUUCAGAUGACUAUGUAUAUCUAUCAUUUAGCUCACAGAUGUAUAAUUUUCAAUGGUUUAUUCAUAUGUAUUUCCAUGUACUAUUAUUGUUUACUGUAUGAUACUUUAUACGAUAGUAAAUGAAUCAGUUAAUUAAUAGAUGUGCAAUUUUCAGGGAUUUAUCCCAAUACUCUACCAUAUAUUUUAUGGUACUAUUAACAUUUAUAGAUGCAAUUGCUAGAAAUUUUGACUAUGAUAUUUCAUAUAGAUAUAAAUGAACAUAGCAACAUGUACACUGAUAUGAAAUAUUACAAAUGUAUGUUCGAGAUGCCUGUUACUGUUUUCACAAUGAAGAUAUUAGUUCAGCAGCGUGCAUCAUUGAAAUUUUAGUAAUAUUGAGUAUGGUAUGCUGCACACAGAUAGAAAUGAUCUAAAAGCAGGUCUAUAGGAUUAAUACUUGUUAUAAAUCUCAAACUUUGUGUACAUGUAUAUUUUGCAGUGAUUUAAGUUGGACGAUUAAAUAGUCAUUACUAUUGUUCAAAAUGAUAGAUAAUAACUACGGUAAAUAAUACAGGUACUAUCAUGUAGAUGUAUAAUUUAUAAUUUUCAGAGGUUUAGUCAUAUGCUUAACCAUAAACUGCUAUUGUUUAUUUUAAUGGAACUUCUUUACAUAUAUAGACGAAGAUAACAUAAAAUCUUACAAAUGUUAGCUAGAAAUUUCGAUUAUAGUAUUUCAUACAGGCAUAGAUUCAAUAUUUAUAUUAAUGAAUGCAAUGUUUAUGUAUUUUGCCUAUUAAUAUCUUCUACGCGCUUGAUUACUAUACAAUAUGCAAUAACAUUGUUCCUGAUUCUACUUUCUGAUUAGAUGCGCUUUCGUAUUUAGUUUAUAUAAUACAGAUGGCUCAUCAAGUUCAACAAAAUUAUACAUAUUAGCACGUGAUGUGCGCUUGUCAUUAUAUUUAUACAGAACAUAAAUAUCAUUCGGGAAUUAACUAUUUAAGCGUAAACAUAUAUUUUACCUCCGGCAACACUGCCCCACGCCUACGCCUGUAGCACAAAUAUUUCUCCUGUUUAUAACCUUUUCUUUUCUUGUUUGCAUACUAUCGGGGGAUAGUGAAGGUAGACGACUUUCCGGAUGCCAGCAUACAACCACCAAACCCAUAGCUUGUUCAUUCGGCAUGACAUCGGGUUAUCGGUUUCUUUUGUACUUAGUAGGUAUUUUGUAUUCCCUCGUAAAUCGUCCAUGACCCUUGUCAUGCCUCAUUAUCGCCCUUGCUCCAAGUUUUCGCUUCUUUUCAGCUCACUACUAAUUUUUGAAAAUUUUUGCAACAUUCAGUACUUAUGCUCUAUGAAAUGUAAUAUUCUUGUCUCUUGUAAUGCAGCGCUACUCAUCAGAUUUCCACAUCCACGGGAAAAAAAUUCCGAUCUGAUACGCAAUUUAGCAUUAUUGCAGGUGUUUGUCUUUUCAUUAUUACAUUUGCCACGUAGAUUUACUUGCUCUUAGUAGUUGCUGGGGACGUACAUCCUAAUCAGGGACCAACAUCAAUAGCUUCAUCUUCUGAAACAAAUUCUAGUGAUGAGUCGCUCAUGGAAAUUCUCAAUGUCCCGAAUCAUCUAUCGGUAAUCCAUUAUAACGUCCAAAGCCUGCAUCAUAAGGUUGACCUACUAGCAGCUGACCUGAGCUCUUUUGAUGUCUUGACCUUUUCCAAAACCUGGUUAAAUGACUCCAUUUUCACUGACAAAAUACUGUUCUAAGGUUUUCACAAACCAGUUCGUAAGGACCGUCUCGGCGACAGCCACAGCGGGGUAAUAGCGUACGUAAUAUAUCAUAUAAACUUUCGUCAGAAGACAGGACCUAGAGAUUCUCAAUGUUGAAUGCAUCAGGUUAGAACUAAGACUGUGUAACACUAAAAAGGUAUUAAUUGGCAUAUUUUAUUGUCCACCAAACUAAAAUGUCAACUACCUUACUCUCAUUGAAAAUUCUAUUGGACUUGCCGUUGAUACAGGAAUCAGAGAUGUUAUUAUUACAGGCGAUUAUAAUCUGAACACACAGGUCGAUAGUAGCUAUAGGAAAAUUGACUCACUCUGUCAAAAGUUUGGACUGAAUCAGUGCAUUGAAGAACCGACAAAUUUCACUGAACACUCUUCUACUAUCAUUGAUCUUCUCUUUGUUUCUAACAAGUCUUCAAUAGUUCUUUCGGGUGUCGGCGACCCUUUCCUCCAACAAAUCGUUCGGAACCAUUGCCCGAUCUAUGGCUUGUUCAAAUUUCGUAAACCUACAUCUCCAGCGACACAUUUUGAGAUACAAGGACGCCACGGAAAAAUGCAGAAGCUGAUUGGAACGGUCUUAGACAAUCCCAAAUCAAUGACUCAAACAGCCAGCUACCAGAUAUUCCAAUGAAAGAGCCUGGACAGAUUCUGGACUCAAUUGUAAUACACCCUUCUGAAGUUAUUGGUGCUAUUUAGUGCUAUUAAGUGCUUAGAUGUAGCCAAAGCGUCUGGUCCUGAUGGCAUUAGCAACCGAGUUCUUGUUGAAGCAUGUGAUCAGCUUUCCAUCCCCCUUUGCGAUCUCUUCAAUGCCUCUUUGAACUCAACUACAAUGCCCACAGUGUGGAAACUAUCGAAUGUGUGCCAUAUUUAAGAAGGGUGACCCAUCUUUACCAUCCAACUAUCGCCCUAUUUCACUUCUUAAUAACUAUUGAGAAAGUCUUCGAAAAAAUCAUAUUCAAACAUCUGUUUAUUUUCUUCCACGACACUAAUUUCUUUACUUGUUGCCAGUCUGGUUUCAUGCCAGGCGACUCCACUGUAUAUCAAUUCGCCUAUCUCUACAAUACAUUUUGCAGUGCUCUCGAAAAGGACUAAAAGUCAGGGUUAUAUUUUUUGAUAUUAGCAAGGCUUUUGAUGAGGUUUGGCACCGCGGUCUUCUGAAAAAAAAAACUUGAGCGCACGGGUAUCCAUGGAAAUCUACUGCGUUUCAUUUAUUCGCCCAAUAAUGGAAUAUGCAGAUGUAGUUUGGGACAACUGUAGCCAAUACGAAAACGAUGAUCUUGAGAAAAGUCAAAACGAGGCUGCUCGUAUUGUUACUGGUUGAACCAAACUAUGCUCCAUUCGUAACUUACAGCAAGAAACAGGAGCCCUUGUGGGAAAGGCGACACAAGCAUAAACUUGUACUUUUCUUUAAGAUGGCCUUGUUCCUGGUUACCUGUCGUCCCUUGUUCCGGAUACGGUAGGACAGGUUACACAAAUGAGGUUGAUAAAUUUCUUUUUUCCAUCUGCAAUUGACAGCUGGAAUGCUCUGCCCAACGAGGCCAAAGAGAACAGAUGUUUAGACUCUUUCAAAAGCUACCUAAACACAAACAAACCCAAACCCGACUCACUGUUAUAUUAUGGUGCCCGGCAAGCACAGGUUCUUCAUGAUCGUCUUAGAACUGACUGAAGCGGUCUUAACCAAGAUUUAUUCUCAAAAACAUUAUUCAUUCGCCUCUCUGCGCUUGUGGUGCCAUUGAAACUACAUACCAUUAUCUAUGCCUUUGUCCUAACUUCUCCGAUAUCAGAAUAGAGCUCUUUGACAGCAUAAGACAUCUAGCGGACAUCACGCACAAGAAUCCACUCUACGGCGAUGGUAACUUAAGCUUGCAACAAAACAAGCCGAUAUUUGACGCUGUACAUCGCUUCAUUAUAGCGUCAAGGCGAUUUGACAAUAGUAAGUAUAUCAAGUAUGUUCGGCCUUAUAAGUCACACGAACCCUAACCCUUCCCCAACUCUUCAAUUUUCUCUACUUUUUUUUCAAAAUUACCUCUCUUUAAUACUAAACAUAAUCAUGCGCCAAUUUUCAAUUUCUAUAAACAUCUUCUGCUAUUUAGCAAUUGUUGUAGUAAUUUCAUACUCCAGUACACAAUUGCAUAGGUAAAACAACUAGCGACAUUUUAAACCAGACAAAGUUACUAUUUUGAUUUACUACUGCUCAAAAAUGAAGCUAUCAAAAGCAAAUUUAAGAUCAUUACUUGAUAAUUUUUACGUACUCAUCUCACAACUUUUCAAAUUUUCUUGUUCGCCAUUUUCUAAAACUAUUUUAGUUAAUUCUAUCAUUCCAAUCCUUUUCCUAUUGUGUGUAGUCCUGUCAUGCAUAAAUGUACAUUACGAAAUGAAUAUGUUUAAACUAAAUGAAAGGUUCAAGAUCUUGCAACAAAACCGUUAUCUGACAAUAUAUUUGCAGCAACUAUGAAAAUGUCCACUGUCCUUGACAUUAGUUAUCUAAGUCUGUAAAUAUUUUUUGUCCCCCGCCGAUGAAAGCAUGCAUCACCCCGCCACCUCCACCACCCCCACCACUUUUUUUUCAUUUUUAAUCAUCAAUAAUUAUAAUCAACAUAUGAUGUUUUGUA